AUGCAACUGAGUCCACUCAGGCCAGAUGGUCAGCUGAUUCACUUUAGGGAAACAAAAUCGGCUGGGCAUUGUGCAACCCGCACUAUCACCGUGUAUGACGAGGUCAUUGAAACAGGUGAGCCAGGUGAGUCAGGUGAGCCAGGUGAGCCAGGUGAAUUAGGUGAGUUAGGUGAGCCAGGUGAGCCAGGUGAGCCAUGUGAGCCAGGUGAGUCAGGUGAGCCAGGUGAGUCAGGUGAGUCAGGUGAGCCAGGUGAGUCAGGUGAGUCAGGUGAGCCAGGUGAAUUAGGUGAGUUAGGUGAGCCAGGUGAGCCAGGUGAAUUAGGUGAGUUAGGUGAGCCAGGUGAGCCAGGUGAGCCAUGUGAGCCAGGUGAAUUAGGUGAGUUAGGUGAGCCAGGUGAGCCAGGUGAGUCAGGUGAGCCAGGUGAAUUAGGUGAGUUAGGUGAGCCAGGUGAGCCAGGUGAAUUAGGUGAGUUAGGUGAGCCAGGUGAGCCAGGUGAAUUAGGUGAGUUAGGUGAGCCAGGUGAAUUAGGUGAGUUAGGUGAGCCAGGUGAGCCAGGUGAGUCAGGUGAGCCAUGUGAACCAGGUGAGUUAGGUGAGCCAGGUGAAUUAGGUAAAUUAGGUGAGCCAGGUGAGCCAGGUGAAUUAGGUGAGUUAGGUGAGCCAGGUGAGCCAGGUGAGCCAUGUGAGCCAGGUGAGUCAGGUGAGCCAGGUGAAUUAGGUGAGUUAGGUGAGCCAGGUGAGCCAGGUGAGCCAUGUGAGCCAGGUGAGUCAGGUGAGCCAGGUGAAUUAGGUGAGUUAGGUGAGCCAGGUGAGCCAGGUGAGUCAGGUGAGCCAUGUGAGCCAGGUGAGUCAGGUGAGCCAGGUGAGCCAGGUGAGCCAGGUGAGCCAUGUGAGCCAGGUGAAUUAGGUGAAUUAGGUGAGUUAGGUGAGCCAGGUGAAUUAGGUGAGUUAGGUGAGCCAGGUGAGCCAGGUGAGUCAGGUGAGCCAUGUGAGCCAGGUGAGUUAGGUGAGCCAGGUGAGCCAGGUGAAUUAGGUGAGUUAGGUGAGCCAGGUGAGCCAGGUGAGCCAGGUGAGUCAGGUGAGCCAUGUGAGCCAGGUGAGCCAGGUGAGCCAGGUGAAUUAGGUGAAUUAGGUGAGUUAGGUGAGCCAGGUGAGCCAGGUGAGCCAGGUGAGCCAGGUGAAUUAGGUGAGUUAGGUGAGCCAGGUGAGCCAGGUGAGCCAGGUGAGCCAGGUGAAUUAGGUGAGUCAGUCGGGCAAGUGAAUCCAUUAAGUCAGGUGAGCCGGGUGAGCCGGGUUAGCCAGGUGAGCAAGGUGAGCCAGAUGAGCCAGGUGAGUGAGGUGAGCCGGGUUAGCCAGAUGAGCAAGGUGAGUGAGGUGAAUUAG